AUGAGUGAUCGGAAGAAAUCGAGCAAUACCUCUGGGAAGCGGUGCUUUGUGACAAUCGGCGCAACAGCUCCCUUCAACAGUCUAGUCCGUGCCGUACUGGAGCCCACCUUCAUCCAACCCCUCCGCGAGGCAGGAUAUACACAGCUACGAAUUCAAUACGGCGAUCACGAAGGUGAAACCAUAUUUCAGAGACGGUGCGAAGCUCUGAGGGACGUCGGACUCGAUAAAGGUAUUGAGAUCACCGGUUUCGGCUUCAACAGAGAAGGGCUGCGAGGGGAGAUGCUUGCCGUGAAGGGCGGGUCCCCGCAAGACGAGGGCAUGGUCAUCAGCCACGCCGGGUCCGGAUCGGUCCUCGACGCCCUGCGCAUCGGCGUGCCCAUUGUGGUGGUCCCCAACACCGAUCUUCUGCACAACCAUCAAGUCGAGUUGGCCGAGGCCCUGGCCGAGCAGGAGUAUGUGAUUCAUGGCAAGCUCGACAAUCUCGCGGGCUCGAUAGCGAGCGCCGAGGAUUUGCGGAGGAAGAUGAAGCAGUGGCCGCCGCUGAGGUCAGGGGAGGAAAAGUACAAACGCGGACUCGAAGAUGUCAUCGCCGAAGAGAUGGGCUGGCAGAUGGACUGA